GAGAUGCAGACUGUGAUUGAGAGAGAUCGCUCCAAGAUUCACUCCCUCAAUGAAAAGUUACAUCGUACACAGCAGAUGUUGUAUGACAGCACUAAGGACUAUCUAGAGCUGAAGUAUGAAGGACGAUCUCAGGAGCGAGUCUGGAUGGCAGAGAAGGACCGUCUACUACAGGAGCUGGAUCGAUGUAAGGAACAACUAGAUGUCUCCAAAGAUGACGUCUUAGUCAUCUCAGAUCAUGCACUGGAAGAGAGACAAACACAGAACUUGGAAAUUGAGGAUAAGACGGAAAAGCUUGCUAAGCGUUUACACCUGAUGAACCAGCGGUAUGAGGCCAUGGAGAAGCGACGGAAUCUGGAGAUAGAAGGUUUCAAGAAUGAUACCCGAAUCUUGAGAAACCAACUCAAGGAUGUUGAGAAGCAACUCUACAAGGUGACAGUGGGUGUUGGGGAAGAUGGUGAUAUGUUCAUGCUGCAUAAUAUUCAUCAGACAGCUAAGAGAUCAAAGAAGAUGCAGAGUGAGCUACAUCAACUCAAGGCUCUGAUCUAUGGCGUGGAAACAGACCUCAGGAAUCUCUAGUAAUACACACAAUCACCCCUCACUGUGUCUCCACAUUUGAUCAAAUGACUUAUAACUUUGGGAAGCCUCAUUCUCUGUUUGAAGAUGCAUAGGAUCUUGUGAUAUUUGUGCCUUUUGGGUUUUUUUUUUUUGAAGCAAAAACAAAAUUGCUCCAAAUCUUAAGUUAGAUCCAUAACAACUUACCUGUUGAAGUUAUAGCUGAGUGGAUACUGUACAUCUUGAGAAUACAGGGAAACCUUAUCAAACUUUCAAUCAAAUUGGACAUAGGACUUCGUUGCUAUUGUCUUUCCCACAAAGGCCUAUGCAUAAACAUUUUAUUGUGCCAAGUGAAUAGAAAAAGUGAACCUUUUUGCCACCCUGGGUCAAA